AUGUUUUCCAGAGGCGUGAGAGCACUUUCCACCGCUAGUGGCGUAUGCAUGAGGGCCAAUUCCUCUAUGGCGGCAGCCGCGGCAGCAGCAACAUCCCAACCAAACCCAUCAGGCUUUGCGAAAUCAGCACUCGAAUACGCAAUGUCGUUGGAGGAGCCAUGUCAUAGUUGGACAAAGGAACAGCUGGCAUCCAUUUAUCACACUCCUUUGAUUGAAUUGGUCCACAACGCUCAACUGCAACACAGGAAAUGGCAGGAUGCAUCUAAAGUUCAAUUGUGUACUUUGAUGAACAUCAAAACUGGUGGAUGUUCGGAAGAUUGCAAGUACUGCUCUCAGUCGUCUCGUAAUGACACUGGACUGAAGGCAGAAAAGCUGGUGCAGGUCGAAGAAGUACUGAAAGAGGCCGAAGAAGCUAAGAGAAACGGUUCCACAAGGUUCUGUCUUGGCGCUGCGUGGAGAGACAUGAACGGCAGGAAAUCAGCCAUGAAGAGGAUCUCAGAAAUGAUCAGCAAGGUUAAUGACAUGGGCUUGGAGACCUGCGUCACCCUGGGGAUGCUGAAUGAGGAGCAAUCAAAGCAACUAAAAGAGGCAGGUUUGACCGCCUACAAUCACAACAUCGACACUUCUAGAGAGCAUUACAAGAACGUCAUCACAACAAGAACUUACGAUGAAAGGCUGGAAACGAUCAAGAAUGUUCAAAAUUCUGGUAUCAAGGCAUGCACAGGCGGUAUUCUAGGUCUAGGCGAAACGGAGGAAGAUCACAUUGGAUUCCUGUAUACUCUAUCGAACAUGUCGCCACAUCCAGAAUCGUUGCCAAUUAACAAACUUAUUGCAAUCAAGGGCACCCCCAUGGCCGACGAAAUGGCGAAGCCAAGUACCAAGAAAUUGGAGUUCGAUGAAAUUAUUAGAACAAUUGCAACUGCUAGAAUUGUCAUUCCACAGGCUAUUAUCAGAUUGGCUGCAGGGCGUUACACAAUGAAGGAGACUGAGCAGUUUCUAUGCUUCAUGGCUGGCUGCAACAGUAUUUUCACCGGUAAGAAAAUGCUAACUACGAAGUGUGUUGGCUGGGAUGAGGACAAAGCUAUGCUUAAGAAAUGGGGCCUGGAACCCAUGGAGGCAUUCCAGUAUGAUGCUCUUGAAGAGCAAAGAAAGAAGAAGUUACAAGCAGCGGCUGCUUGA